CCCAAACGAACCUCUAGUAAUAACACCAAACACACUGCUCACUUGCAUUCUUCUUCCUCUACAAACAUCACUUAAGAGUUAAGACUUAACUUCUCACUCUUCACUCCAUCACCCUCACAAAAUCAUGGCUCCACCAGCUGCUACAAACACCGGCAACACACCAACUUCCGGUCACGUCAAGGCGAACACCUUGCCUCGCCGUGCAUAUAUCACCUUCUUGGCCGGAGACGGUGACUACUGGAAAGGAGUCGUUGCUCUCGCCAAGGGUCUCCGCAAGGCCAAGUCCGUCUACCCACUCGUCGUAGCAAUGCUUCCCGACGUUCCGAUGGACCACCGCCACAAAUUGCUCUCCCAAGGCUGCAUCAUCCGCGAGAUUGAGCCUUUAUACCCGCCGGAAAACCACACCCAGUUCGCCAUGGCCUACUAUGUCAUUAAUUACUCCAAGCUUCGUAUUUGGGAGUUUGUGGAGUACAGCAAGAUGAUAUACUUGGACGGAGACAUACAAGUGUUCGACAACAUUGACCAUCUGUUUGACUUGCCGGACGGCCAUUUCUACGCCGUCAUGGACUGUUUCUGUGAGCGAAACUGGAGGAACAGCCCGCAGUAUCAGAUCGGAUACUGUCAGCAGACGCCGGACAAGGUUCACUGGCCGGAAGAGCAGCUGGGUCCAAAACCACCGCUCUAUUUCAACGCCGGAAUGUUCGUUUCCGAACCCAAUCUCUCCACCUACCACGACCUCUUGGAGUCGGUGAAGUCCACUCCACCGACGUUAUUCGCCGAGCAAGAUUUCUUGAACAUUUUCUUUCGAGAUAUUUACAAGCCUAUCCCAAACGUCUACAACUUAAUCUUGGCGAUGCUUUGGCGCCACCCUGAGAACGUUGAGCUUGACAAGAUCAAGGUUGUGCACUACUGCGCCGACGGGUCGAAGCCGUGGAGGUACACCGGAGAGGACGUGAACAUGGACAGGGAAGAUAUCAAGAUGCUAGUGAGCAAGUGGUGGGAUAUUUACAACGACGAGAGCUUGGAUUACUUUCAUGGCGAUUCUAAGGCCACAGCCACACACUUGGUGGCGGCGGAUAAACCGACGCCGCCGGUGACCAAGAGGGGUGGUCCUCUUUUCGUUAGUGCUCCGUCGGCGGCUUAGCCGAUCGAUGGUGUUUUAUACUAUUUAGUUUUUUCUUUGUUUUUUUAUUUUCUUAAUUAUGCUUCUCAAACUCGUAUAAUAUAGUAUUGAGUUUUGAUAGAAGUUGUAACUAAAAGCAAAUAGUGAGUUGGGAUAUGUAGUACUAAUGUACACUUCUGAUUUUUGGCUUUGGUGUGGGUUUGUAACUAUGAAUAGUGGG